AUGCGAGAAGGCGUUAGAAGGACUUUGGUGGCUGUCUGCGGCUACGGAAAGACACCGAGUAAUGGUUAUCGAAGAGUUGAUCGAGCUGCGACUACUUAUGAAGGUGCUGUGCAAUCGAUGCUGAAAUCGAUGAAAGCGAAGAAGCUUAGGUGCUCUAGCGACGUACCAGCGCAUACUGACUUGUCUUUGGACAGAUCUGACAUACUGUACCAAAUGAAGCAUGGUGUUCCGCAAGGAUUCGAAUUGUCCUCUCGACUGGCCCAUAUUGAAGACUUCCUGCCGACCGAAACGAAUCGGCAUAUCAGCCAGGUUGAGCAAAUGUGCGGUGAGUCUCGUUUUGUGUUCAAAAAUCAUGGUGUCCACAAAAUGUAG